AUGUUUUAUCUAAUAGUUCGGCCUAAGAUCUCAUGGACACCUGCACUUGAUGGCCAAUGGAAGCUUAAUGUAGAUGGAAGCUUCUUACCAAGCCUCACUCAUGGUGGAACUGGAGGUGUUCUUAGAGAUGGUACAGGUUGUUUUAGAGCAGCCUUUGCAAACCAUGUUACCUCUGUAGCCUCUGCAAAGCACACAGAGCUGAUUGCAAUCCGAGAUGGCCUGAAAAUGUUGCAAGACUUGCAAGCUGAAAAUGUCAUUGUGGAAUCGGACUACCUUGAGGCAAUUUCUAACAUUGCUGAUCUGCAGGCUAUGCAUAUUGUUGAAGCUGGCAUCAUAGAUGAUAUUAGAGACAGUUUAGAGUCCUUGCACAAUGUUCGAAUCAAUCAUGUACCUAGAUCAGGUAAUAGGGUAGCACAUCGACUUGUUGCCAUAGCAUACGAGGCUGAUCAUGCUGUAAUGUGGCAUGAUCAAGCUCCUGCAUGUAUUCUAGAUGUUUUGAACUUCGAUUGUAAGCAACCUUAG